GAAGGGAGAGAGAGAAGGAACACACCGGGAGAAGAGAGAGAGAAGGAACAGACCGGGAGAUUGGGUUUCUCCGUCUGUGGUGAAUUCAACAACAUCCCAUUACAUGAAAGAAGACUCCUCCAUUAGUUAAUGAAGAACAGUUCCAGUGGGGGCUGGAUUCAACAGACAGACAGACUGUCAGGACCAUCAACUACAGCCCUGCUGUCUAUAACCACUCAGACAGACUGUCAGGACCAUCAACUACAGCCCUGCUGUCUACAACCACUCAGACAGACUGUCAGGACCAUCAACUACAGCCCUGCUGUCUACAAGCACUCAGACAGACUGUCAAAACCAUCAACUACAGCCCUGCUGUCUAUAACCACUCAGACAGACUGUCAGGACCAUCAACUACAGCCCUGCUGUCUACAACCACUCAGACAGACUGUCAGGACCAUCAACUACAGCCCUGCUGUCUACAACCACUCAGACAGACUGUCAAAACCAUCAACUACAGCCCUGCUUUCUACAACCACUCAGACAGACUGUCAAAACCAUCAACUACAGCCCUGCUGUCUACAACCACUCAGACAGACUGUCAAAACCAUCAACUACAGCCCUGCUGUCUACAACCACUCAGACAGACUGUCAGGACCAUCAACUACAGCCCUGCUGUCUACAAGCACUCAGACAGACUGUCAGGACCAUCAACUACAGCACUGCUGUCUACAACCACUCAGACAGACUGUCAAAACCAUCAACUACAGCCCUGCUGUCUACAACCACUCAGACAGACUGUCAAAACCAUCAACUACAGCCCUGCUUUCUACAACCACUCAGACAGACUGUCAAAACCAUCAACUACAGCCCUGCUGUCUACAACCACUCAGACAGACUGUCAAAACCAUCAACUACAGCCCUGCUGUCUAUAACCACUCAGACAGACUGUCAAAACCAUCAACUACAGCCCUGCUGUCUACAACCACUCAGACAGACUGUCAAAACCAUCAACUACAGCCUUGCUGUCUACAACCACUCAGACAGACUGUCAGGACCAUCAACUACAGCCCUGCUGUCUACAACCACUCAGACAGACUGUCAAAACCAUCAACUACAGCCUUGCUGUCUACAACCACUCAGACAGACUGUCAGGACCAUCAACUACAGCCCUGCUGUCUACAAGCACUCAGACAGACUGUCAGGACCAUCAACUACAGCACUGCUGUCUACAACCACUCAGACAGACUGUCAGGACCAUCAACUACAGCCCUGUUAUCUGUAGUUGCAGUACAUGUCCACUAGGGCGCAGUAGCUGGUUAAUGCAUCUGCUAGUUAAAGAGCGGUGUGCAGUAUACAACCAGUUUAAUACAUAGAUGUGUUGAUUGUGAUCAAAUCACAAAGAGAUCAGUCUGUAAACCAUGAUGGUUAUGCAUUA